AUGUCGUAUAUUUACUUCAUGAAGGGAGAUGAGGUUGUUGUAAUCGAUGGAGUGGAGGGUGAAGAUGAGGCUGAGGUUCAGGUUGAUGAGCAAGGUUUGGUGGAGGCUCAGGUGCAGGGUGAAGAUGAGGCUGGUGUUGUAGGUGAGAUGGAGGUUGUUGUUGAGGGUGUGGUGGAUGAUGAUGUUUGGGCUGAGGAAGAUGAUGAUGAUAGCAAUGAUUAUAGUGAAGUUUCAAAUAGUGACUUUGAAGAAAGUUGUGAUUGGAUGGAAUGGUUGGACCUUGAGACAUUUAGUCAGAGUAGUGACCCCACAUUUGAUACUAAUAAAGUAGACUCAACAAAUUCUGAUUUUGAUGAUAAAGAUGGAUAUUCUGAUGAGUUGGAUACUCCAGCUGGAAGUGGAGAUGAAGUCCUACAAAAGUCAGAUUUCCUCGUUUUAAGGUGCCUGAAAAUGAUGAAGAUAUCAAGUUUGAGAACUGCCAGAAACAGUCAGGCUACACCUAAGUGGGUGGCAAAAAGGUUGAUGUCUUCAUUAAUGCAUACUCUCGACAUGAAGCUAAAGGCCUUAGUUGCUUAUGUUGUAGAAAAAUGGGGAUUCAGGUUAAGUAUGGACCAGGCAUACAGAACAAAGGUUAAGGCAAUGGAAAAAAUUGAAGGUGCAAACAAAGAUCAAUAUAAACAUUUAAGAAGUUAUGCUGCGGAGCUAACAGAAAAAAACAAGAACAACACUGUGAAGAUCAAAUGUGACUUAACUCCUCAUGGUCCUGUGUUUGAACGUAUGUAUGUAUGCCUGGAGGCUUGUAAGAGUGUAUUUGCAACCACUUGCAGGCCUUUGAUAGGAUUGGAUGGCUGCUUUCUGAAAGAAGAAUAUGGUGGCCAAUUGUUGUUUGCAGUAGGUAAAGAUGGAAACAAUCAAAUGUUUCCUAUUGCUUAUGCUGUAGUGGAAUCUGAAAAUUAUUCAUCUUAG